UUGAAAUUAGCCAUGACGGGGGAGUUGUGAGCUUGGACCUUGGAGCACCGUAGCGCGUAGACACAGUCCAUCAUUUUUAUUUUUUUAUUUAUUUUUUUCUCUCCCCUCUUCCGUUACCGCCGACAGCCAAGAACCAUGAAGACCAUCCUUGCCGCAUACUCGGGCGUGCUCAAAGGCACUGGCUCCAGCAUCCUCUCCUCCCUGCAGGACCUACCCUUGGCUUUCUGGGUGUGUGGGUCCAAGAUGGAGAAACAUCUCCAGGUCAUCUCUGUACUGCAGUGGGUCAUCACCUUCUUAGCUUUAGGGGCAGUCUGCACAGUGCUGCUAAUCUAUAUGUUCUGCACUGAUUGUUGGCUUAUCGCUGCCCUUUACACCUCCUGGCUCAUUCUUGACUGGAACACGCCAAAACAAGGCGGUAGAAGAUCUUCAUGGGUCAGAAGUUGGACGGUGUGGACGUACUUUCGAGACUAUUUCCCAAUAAGGCUAAUUAAAACCCAUGACCUGCUACCCAACCGGAACUAUAUCUUUGGCUACCAUCCUCAUGGCAUCUUCUGCUUCGGGGCUUUCUGCAACUUUGGGACAGAGGCCACGGGCUUCUCUAAGAAAUUCCCCGGCAUCAAGCCCUCCUUGGCAACCUUGGCGGGAAACUUCCGAAUGCCUGUCCUACGAGACUACCUGAUGUCUGGAGGUAUCUGUCCUGUGAAUAGGAACUCCAUUGACUACCUGCUGUCAUGCAACGGUACAGGAAACGCUGUGAUUAUUGUCGUGGGAGGCGCAGCGGAGUCGUUGCACUGUGCACCAGGCAUGAAUUCCGUCAUCCUCAAGAACCGUAAAGGCUUUGUGAGAAUGGCACUCCAGAAAGGGUCUGACUUGGUUCCAGUGUAUUCCUUUGGGGAGAAUGACGCCUACAAGCAGGUGAUCCUCGAGGAGGGCACUUACUGGAGAGCUAUCCAGAAGAAGUUACAGAAGUUGCUCGGCUUCGCUCCGUGCCUUUUCCAUGGGUGCGGCCUCUUCUUUGGCAACUCCUGGGGCAUCGUGCCAUAUGGCAAACCGAUCACAACUAUCGUUGGGGAGCCAAUCACAGUGCCCAAAAUAGAGGACCCCUCUGAUGAGAUGGUGGAUCUUUAUCACGCAAUGUAUGUCAAGUCCCUUCAGUGCCUGUUUGACAAGUACAAGACUCGUUUUGGUUUGAAGGAGAGUGAUGUCCUGUAUAUUGAGUGAAAGAAUGAAGGGGAACCUUUAAACUUUGAGAACUGUGUACCUUUUGACCCACCACCCUUCAGAUCUCCCUCCAUACAAUCCCAGUCUAAUCCGCCCCCUUCUCUUCCCUUUGAGCACAUUUGCUUCGUAUCUCCCCCCCAAUAAUAGGCAUAGACUAUCCUCAGGGAUUGACAGGUUUGACAAAAUGGCACUGCGACUUGGAUCAACAUUGAACAUGACCUACUAGAGAAUGCCUUAACAACACCAGUGCCAUUUGUGUGUGUGUGUAUUUACUUUUUCUUAAUGAAGGCAUGCAAAUGUCUUUCAAGGGCCGAGAGGAAGGUAAGGAUUUAAGAAUGGUUAAUUCUCACAAACCUCUUUAAAAUUACAUUAUGUAACAAAAGCACAACCAAUGCAAAUAAAGUGUACCACUAUAGUAAUAGGAUACACAAACCCACAGACUAAUGGGUUUACCAAAGAUAUACAUUUUCCUCACAAAUGCAUCAAGAGUAUGUCUUUUCGGGGAAAGCCGAUACUUCUCCAUGGAGUUCCUUUUUGUUGAAAAUGCAAUACAUUUCUGCACGUGAUUUUAGAUUGCCAUAAAGUAUUAAUUGCAUCCAUCGCAGAAGAAAGCAACCCAGUGUUAGGCUUGUCUCUUGAAUAUUUCCAUUGCACAUUCGCUCACAAAUUCUUUUCUACAGGUUUUGUCACAGGAAAAAAAAAAUGAUAUGAGAUGAUGAUUGUCAUUUAUUGUUGGUAUUCGGGUUUGAAGAGGUGUGUUCUGCAGUGAAAAGUAACCAAGUGGCUUAUACUGUAUCUUUAAGGGCUUUGGAAAGUUUAAGACUGCGUUCAAGAGAGGAAAUGUACAUUUCUGCAUACUUGUUCUCAAAUUUGGUUAUAGGCAUCGUACAUCUCUUGGGAAACAUGGAGUGGGUGCUAAUUAAAAAAAAAGCAAGGCAUAGUAUUGCAUAAUGCCUUAUUUAUAUUGUAAUUGGGGGGUGCCACUUAUUCUUUGGAAAAAAAAAAUUGUAUGGACUGUAAGGUAUCAAUCACAAUAUUUGGGUUUGAGAUUGUCAUAUUGUAAACUUGGUUAUUCAUACACGAUUGUCAUUUAGAGAUGAACGCCCUCUGGAUUUGCUGUUGUGAAUUUAAAAAGAUCAGUGUAAUUCAUGUGCAAUACACAGUAUCUGCAAGAAAUCCACAGCAAAGAUC